AUGACCUGCCUGAGGAUUCCCUUCCGGAGCUUCCGCGGCUUAGAGUUCUUGAGAUCACCGACUGCCCAAACCUUGAAGACAGACCACUGCGCAGCCUGUUAUCUAGGGGAUCUCCAGCAACUUCGCACGCUAAAGCUGCGAGGCGCAAAUCUUCGAGAUGCGGGCCUACGUGCCCUGCUAAUUGCAGUGUUUCGCCUGCACGUAACAACUACAGAGCCGCACUAUCUACGGAGUCUUGAUGUUCGCGAUAACCUAUUAACGAACGAGGCGUUCGAUUGGCGUGUCGUUCCGAACAACACAGAUCAGGAUGAUGAACCACCGCCGUACAGCCUCACAGUAUCCGAUAUCCAGCCGGGUAGCAUUAUUGAUAGCCCAGAUUUCCUCAAAGCGUUUGAGGAUGGAAAGGAUAUAGUCAGUGUAUUUGACACAAGGUUCUCCGCUGCGUUGCACUCCGCUCGGCUUCAGUUUACCGAUCAACUUGAAGAUGUAGUCGCUCGUAUCAGGGCCUCGCCGACGCUGACUACUAGCAACUUAUACGAGUCACUGCAUCCCGGCUUGACUCAUUUGUACAUCUCCGGCAAUCAGAUCACCGCGCAGGGCGUCGAGGAGCUGUUAAAGCGGCUUCCGCUCCAGGUGUUCGACUGUGGUACAAUUACUCGUAGCAAGGCCAUGAAGGAGGUUCUUUCCACAGAGGCUAGCAUUCUUGUAGAGACGGAGGUGGCCUUCACCAUAUCAGCUGGCAUCAAGAAAUGUCCUACAUUGCGCUUUUUGCGCGUCAAUCACCAAGUAGUAACAGGUUUCUCCUCGCUAUACGACAGGGGAUGGACCAGGGUACCAGAGUCGGCGUUUCGUGCCGGGGGUACGCAGUGGGAAGAUAAGCCUCCCGCCAACAAAGCUCUUGAGAAAUAUUCAUACCCCUUGUCCCUCUUAUCCAUCGACACAUUAGUACUUACUUCAGUGCCAGCAACCAGCGCCAAAGGCUACAUGACAGCAUGCUUGAAGGCCUUCCUCGAAGCCUGCGGAACCAUGGAGCGAGCGUCUGCACUUUACCAGUGGUGGCGGAAUCAUGGGGAUGUCAGCCCUCCGGAGGUGUUUCCAGCCCCAGAACAUAUUCUGACAACUCAAGAGGUCCGCCUUGAAUUUGGUCCCUCACCAGCUCAUCUAAACCGCUCCGAGGAAACUGGUGCUUCCGAGACCGAGAACCCUGGGAAAGAUGACUUCUCGUUCUUUCCGGAUGAGAAGACCAGUGGCUCCACAUCGUCCUCAGAGCCUGCGCCAUCUAAAGCUCCAUCGCUGCUGGACAGCGGACCACCCCAUCCAGACUCAGAUGUCAUCAAAUCUCUGGCGGCAUUUCGACAAACGCAGCGUGAGAAGAGAGCGCGCUCAGUGGCAGAAGGCCGUGCCGGAGAAGCGUUCUGGAACGGGAAGCUGCAGGUUGUAAGACCAGCGACAUACGACCAGGGAAACAUCCCUAGCUAUCGCACAGGCAAGUUGUGGUCAACUGCUUAG